UCUCAUCGGCGAGACCGAGCUGAUCGCCGCCCGCUUCCAUCCAGAUUCGGGAACCCGUCCUGCAUUCGGUGUCACGGAACUGAUGUCCUAGUUCCUGUUCCUCUGAAGAUUAACUUCGCAUACGUGUUUUUUUCCAAUCCAUCGCGCCUUUUCUCAGAUUCAAGAUCUGAUGUCCCAUGCACGAAUUUCACCAGAGCGACGCGGACACCAGACCUACUCUCAAACGCAUCACUACCCACUACCAAUCACAGCAUCACACUCCAAUUCCAAACCUACCCGACUUGGAACAAGAAAGCUAUCUGUCUUCGCAACGAUUUUCAAAGAUUUCGAAAGGUGUCAGCAAGUUCUUUGUUGAUCUCGCUCGAGGGCCCAAUCCAAAGGGGGAAAUAAUUCUUCUGGAAGUUUUCCUUUUCGUAUCCCACGGUUUUUCCUCGCUCUCUCGCGGCUGAAUAUAAAGUCGAGUGUGGAGACGACGUCCAUGGAUACUCGUCCCUGGAGAACGAGGUGUGAAGGCAAUGGCCACGGACACGCCGCUUCUCGGAGAGGACGGCAUCAGGAACGACAAUGUUGUCGGAGGGGAGAAGAGAGCGAGCAUCUUCAGGCGGUUCAGGAGCGAGUCCGGGAAGCUAUGGAAGAUUGCCGGCCCCGCCAUCUUCACCUCUAUAACGCAGUACUCGCUCGGCGCGCUGACUCAGAUCUUUGUUGGCCAGCUCAGCGAGAUCGACCUUGCUGCUGUCUCCGUCGGGAACUCCGUGGUUGGCGGCUUUGCGUUUGGAGUCAUGUUGGGGAUGGGGAGUGCAUUGGAGACGCUGUGCGGGCAAGCGUUUGGAGCGGGACGGAUCAGGAUGUUGGGGGUGUACAUGCAGAGAUCAUGGGUCAUUUUGCUGACCACAGCUUGCGUUUUGGUCCCUGUCUACGUCUUCGCUCCUCCCAUUCUCGAGCUCAUCGGUGAAACUGCCGAGAUCUCGGAAGCUGCUGGUCAGUUCGCAUUGUGGAUGCUCCCGCAACUGUUCGCUUAUGCUCUCAAUUUCCCAAUACAAAAGUUUCUGCAAGCGCAGAGAAAGGUCUUCGUUAUGGCUUGGAUCUCAGCGACUGUCCUGGUGCUGCAUGCGAUAUUUAGCUGGCUGGUGAUUUUGAAACUUGGUGGUGGCAUAGUCGGAGCAGCGAUCACUCUCGACAUAUCAUGGUGGCUCAUCAUCGUUGCCCAGCUGCUGUACAUUUUCAUCACCAAGUCGGACGGCGCUUGGAGUGGGUUCUCCUGGCUCGCGUUUGCAGACUUGUGGGGAUUUGUAAAGCUUUCCUUGGCUUCUGCUGUGAUGUUAUGCUUGGAGCUGUGGUACUUCAUGGUGUUGUUGGUGAUUGCCGGACGUCUGCCAAACCCUCUGAUACCUGUUGAUGCCAUCUCUAUAUGCAUGAACAUAAACGGAUGGGACAUCAUGAUCGCAGUCGGGUUCAACGCCGCGAUAAGUGUGAGAGUAUCAAAUGAACUAGGAGCCGGCAAUGCUCAAGCCGCAAAAUUUGCAGUGAUGGUUGUUUCAGUCACAUCGGUGACAAUAGGAGCUAUUGCCAUGGCUGUCGUGUUCGUCACUAGAGAUUACUUUCCUUAUCUCUUCACGAGCAGUGAGGCUGUCGCCGCUGAAACGACAAAGCUCGCCUUCUUACUGGGAUUCACAGUACUCCUGAACAGUCUCCAACCAGUCUUAUCAGGUGUUGCUGUUGGCGCCGGAUGGCAAUCCCUCGUUGCAUACAUCAAUAUUGGAUGCUACUAUAUCAUUGGAUUGCCAGCCGGCAUCCUGCUCGGCUUCAAAUUUGGUUUUGGGGCGAUGGGGAUUUGGUCGGGAAUGAUCGGGGGCACCUGUCUGCAAACCAUCAUCUUGGUGAUUAUCACUUCCAUAACCAACUGGAACCAAGAAGCUGAGGAAGCAGAAAAUCGCGUGAGAAAAUGGGGAGGAUCAGCUGCGGAGCAUUGAGACAUCGGAGCCAUCGGGUGAUACCAGAAGCUUGCGAUGCCAAUGCUAUGGGAAGCCGCUUUGCAGUGGCCAAAGUACCGUGAUAAUCAAUUUUCAUCGAUGCAAUCUAGAGUUGUUCCUCGCAGAAACCAUGCUUUAGGGAUCAAUCAAAGAUCCUUCAGUGUAGCAACUCUCUGCGUUAAUGCGACCGUUUCUUAUAUGUUACACAA